UCUGUCUUGGAACCAAUAUUUAGUAUCAAUUCUAAAAAAAAAAAAAAAGUUAAAAAAAAAAGACAGUUCAAACCUCAUCUUUCCCUUCAAUGAGAUACACAUUUUUAAUGUUUGUCCUGAACGUUUUAGAAUUUCAGUAUCGAGAAGAACCUUUGGGCAGAGCGGACUUUUCGUGCAGACCUGGUAUGCCAACGCUUCUCUCAUCAAAUCCAUCUGGGUGAUGGCAAUCAGUCAACACCAGUUUUACUUGGACAGGAAACAGAGCAAAGCAAAAAUUCCCUCCGCCAGGAGUUUAGACGACAUCGCCAUGGACCUAACUGACACAGGCACACCGAGGGUUUCCAAAAUGGUGACUCUGGAUGCGAAAAAUCAGUUCAUCAUGGCAAGCAAUGGCAGCUUGAUUUCCUCAGGUUCUCAAGACUCCGAGGUGAGUGAGGAACAGAAGAAAGAGAAAAUAAUGGAACUGAGAAAGAAAGAGAAGCUGCUCCAGGAAAAGCUUCUGAAGAAGGUGGAGGAGCUUAAGAAGAUUUGCCUGCGAGAAGCAGAACUCACUGGUAAGAUGCCAGAGGAGUACCCGCUGAAUUCAGGAGAAAAACCCCCUCAGGUCAGAAGGCGUGUAGGCACCGCAUUCAAAUUAGAUGACAACCUGCUUCCCAGCGAGGAG